AUGGGCCUUGAGAAAAUCAGGUGUGGACAAUGGUUGGUUAUAGCAGUGAUGGCAGCACAAACAGCAGUACGGACGGAUUAUGGUGAUAGUGACAGCUUUGAGGUGAAGGUAGGACUUUAUCAAGGAUCCGUGCUGUGUCCAUUAUUAUUUACCUUAGUAAUGGAUGUGGUGGCUAAAGAAAUGCGUGAAGGAUUUCCCUGUGAGGAAGAAUUGAGGGAUAAAAUUAGUAAAUGGAAGAUGACUAUGGAAGCAAAGGGCCUAAAAAUGAAUGGAUCAAAGACAAAGGUGAUGAUUGAUGGGGAAAAUCUAAAGAUGGAGGAAUCCGGUAAGGGGCCUUGUGGUGUAUGUGGGAAAGGAGUUGCUAAAAAUUCUAUCAAAUGCACCAGGUGCUAG